AUGUCCUAUCAGUCGAACCCCCCAUCCUAUCAGAGCCAUGCCGCCUCUCAUAGGCCGAUUCCGUCGUACAAUCCGUUGGCCGCGGUGAACGCCCCGGCAGGCACCUUCUUGCCAGGAACCAAAGUCCAGGUCGGCAAUCAUCGCGUGAUCGUCGAGAAGUACCUCUCCGAAGGUGGAUUUGCCCAUGUCUACGUCGUGCGUCUUCCGCAACCCGUCGAGGGUUCAGAUAGGGCGGUGCUGAAGCGGGUCGCCGUGCCGGACAAAUCGGCGCUCGCCAACAUGCGGACCGAGGUCGAGACAAUGAAGAAAUUGAAGGGACACCGGCACAUUGUGAAGUAUAUCGACUCCCAUGCAUCUCAGCUGCGAGGUGGCGGCUACGAAGUGUUCCUGCUCAUGGAGUUCUGCUCGGGCGGAGGCUUGAUCGACUUCAUGAACACACGCUUGCAGCAUCGGUUGACAGAACCGGAGAUUAUCCAGAUCUUCUCGGACGUAGCCGAGGGCGUCGCCUGCAUGCACUACCUGAAACCUCCUUUGCUGCACCGCGAUCUGAAGGUGGAGAACGUUCUCAUAUCUCGACACGGGACCUCAAGUGUCUAUAAGCUGUGCGAUUUUGGCUCUACAGCACCCCCUCGUCCCGCGGCGACUUCGGCUGCGGAGGGCCGCCUGAUUGAGGACGAUGUGCAGAGGCACACGACGCUGCAGUACCGGAGUCCGGAGAUGAUCGAUGUCUAUCGCAAGCAACCGAUCGACGAGAAGAGCGAUAUUUGGGCGCUAGGUGUACUUCUAUACAAGCUAUGCUACUAUACAACGCCGUUCGAAGAAGUGGGCCAAAUGGCCAUCCUGAAUGCGACCUACAAAUUCCCGUCUUACCCUGUUUUCUCAGAUCGCCUCAGGAUGCUCAUCGCAUGGAUGUUGAAGGAGCACCCGCAAAAGCGCCCAAAUAUUUAUGAGGUAGUGCAAGAAGUCUGCCACAUGCAAGGAAAAGAAGUUCCCAUUCGAGAUAUCUACGCGAAUCGCUCUACGUCGGAAGCCCGCCGGUAUCAGGAACUCCCGCCGUCCCCGACGGAGACACCGCCAGUCGGCGCAGUGUUCUCUCCACCGGUCCAGGAGACCCAGAUCAUCCCAGAGAUUGCUCCCAUGCGGCGCGGCCGGCCGACAAAACCGACCAGUUCUCAGCACACGUCCGCAAAGCCAAGCCCCUCCCCGUUCCGUGGUGGCUCCACCGACCCCUUCGCCGUCCUGGAUGGCAGCCAGAAAUCCCGGGACUCUGCGGACGAGUUUACGAAUCGGUUCCCCUCGUUGGAUCAGUUUGAUAUUCUGCACGAGAAGGGUGGCACGUUCGACUUCGAGCCAGCGUUCGCCGAGACGAAACAAGAGGAUGACGGUCUUGCGCAGAGGCUCACAAAUGCCUUGGCCGAUGAGGCCUUCGCGAAACGUCCUUCUCCCGCGGUGAAUGAGCAGACUCCCCAAUCCCCGGCACAGAAGCCGCCCCAGCAGUCGCACGUCAAGAGUCGACCCUCCGAGUCUUUCAACUACCGCGAGGAGCCCCAGCAGUCGCCGGUGCCACUGUACCAGCCAGUGCCGCAGAAGCCGACCAUGGUCUCCACAGGCACGAUGACGUCGCCACCCCACACGCCGUCGGUGCCGGAACUGAAGCCCCCUAGCCGCCCCAUCUAUCGAUUUCCUUCAUCAGACCAUCAACGCCGGCCCUCCAGCCAACCGUGGCCCGCGGACGGCGACAAGAAAGUUUCCCGGCCCCUCAACCCUCCGUCCCCUACGAAGCCCUCCGCGGACCCAAGAACAUCUGCGGACCGCAUCUCCGAUCUGUCGACCUCUUCGUCGAGGCCUUCCUUGGAAGGCAUGCGACCAUCGACCUUGGAGUUGGAAGAGCUUACCAGUCGAUCCAAAUCGGCCAACAGCAGAUCUCGCCCGUUUUCCGUCCAGGCAACUUCCAAGUAUGACUUUGGCCGAGGCUCCGAGAGCGCACGCUCCUCACUCGAUAUCCCCAGGCCCUCAUACGACAUGGGCGCGCCGCUGCAACAUGCGCGGACCGAGGCGGACCGGGCCAACAUCUCGUCCGACAUCGACUAUCUCCGGGCGAGGGAAGAGGAGAGCAACCGGAAGAAAGAGAAGCGGUACAGUGGCACCUCCAAACACACCAAGCGGUCGAGUCUUUCUACGUUAUCGCUGUCGGGGACCAAGACAUUGUUUGCAGGUCGAUUUGGCGAUGCAUUCCGGCGAAUUGGUCGAGCGCCCGCCGAACUCAGCGACGCCGAGAACGACGACAUCUCUCCGGAGAUGCGUCGGGAGCUGGAGCGCCGACGUCUCUCCCAGGAGGAGAAGCGCGUCGCCAACGCUGCUGCCGAGUAUCGCCGACAGGUGGCGGAACGAGGGGAGGGGGGCUUCCGACCCGAUACACGGUCGUCAAUCCAGAACCGAGUGCAGACAUUCUUGGAGGAGAGUAACAAGUCGGCGCCUGCACCGAAGACGGCAACGGGCUAUGGCCGGUUCACAGAGGAGAUGAACCCUGCUUUGCCGGCAAAGCAGAAUGAACCUCUUCCGGAGCCGCGGAUCAACACUCGCGCGGCGGGGCCCCUGUACGGAUCGCAGGGACAAGCAUCGCCCGUGAAGGACCGGUGGGAGACGGCGGGUCUGCCGCGGCAAGAGACGACAAAUAGUGGCUAUGCGCAAUCACAGCGCACGGGAUCAUCUCGGCCCGCAGCACCUCCCAAACCGAAGAGCCUGCGCGUGAGGGGAUCGGAGGCGAUCAGCGAGCGCAGCCAGGCCACGCCUACUACGCCGAGCGAAGACUGGGAGGCCAACUUCAGCCGACGGUUCCCCAGCCUGUCGGGACUUGAGAUGGAGACGGAGAUCGAGUUACCCAAUAUCCCACUCCGGACGAAGGAAUCCACAAAAAUGGCACCUAUAACCCUCAGCCAAGUCGACACCGACCUAAAAGAAGCAAUCCAACACCUCUUCGAAAUCCAAUCCGCCGUACACGGCUACCUAGGCCCAGAAACGCAACAAGAACUCGUCCGGAAAAUAAAAUCCUUAACCCAAACCCUCUCCGCGCUGCACAAAAACACCGCCGACCCGAACACAGAAAUCCCCGUUGGCAACCCCCGAGACCCCAAUCUGGGCUCCGUGCAACUGCCCCCCGAGAUCAUCGACUACGUGGACGCGGCGCGCAACCCGGAUAUCUACACGCGCGAGUUUGUGGAGCUGGUGCAGCGGGGCAAUCAGGAUCUGAAGGGGAAGAGGGAGGCGUUUGCGGAGUUUCGGGAUGUGUUGGCUAGGGAGCUGAGGAGUGCGGUGCCUGGGUGUAGGGGGGAGGUUGAGCGGGUUAUGGAGGGGCUUGGGGUUGGAGUUGGGAGUGGGGGUAGGGAACAGGGGAGGGAAUCUACAAGGGGGAGGGAUAGGGAUCAGAGAUUGUGA